AUGGCGGUGACUUCGAUACAGGACAGGACGUCCGAAUUCAAGGCGGUCCUCGCGCAGGCGCAAAAGCGACAAGCGUCCGGCAAGGUCGGCGCGCAGAGGAGAUCUCUCCUGACCGACUCCCAGAAGGCGGCGGCUAAUGGCACGGCGACUCCGAGGAGAUCGGAGUUUGCGAGGAGGGCGGCGGAGAUUGGGAGGGGGAUUGCUGCCACCAUGGGAAAGCUGGAGAAGCUCGCGCAGUUGGCUAAGCGAAGGACCUUGUUCGACGACAGGCCCGUCGAAGUAAACGAGCUCACAUACAUUAUCAAGCAAGAUCUCGCGUCCCUCAACAAGCAGAUUUCCGGCCUCCAGGAAAUCACCAGACACCAGCAAUCCAAGGGCAACCAGGAAGGCGAGCACAACAAGAACGUCGUGUUCCUACUGCAGGAGAAGCUCACCGACGUAUCGGUCAACUUCAAAGAUGUACUCGAGGCGCGAACCAAGAACGUCCAGGCGUCGAGGUCUCGGACAGAAAACUUUAUCUCCUCAGUCUCUCAGCACGCGCAGCCAUCCCUCCAGCAGCAAUCCGCCUCGCCGCUAUACGGAACCCCUAAAACCGGCACGCCGGCACCCGGUAUUCUACCACCGAGCCAAAGUGCGGGCAGCGCUGAUUUGCUAUCGCUAGAGCCCGUGAGCGACAGGCAGCUUCUCAUCAUGGAGGAAGGGGAGCAGCAGAACGCGUACAUACAGCAGCGAGGCCAGGCGAUCGAGGCGAUCGAAAAGACGAUUAGCGAGCUGGGCAGCAUCUUCGGACAGCUGGCGACGAUGGUGCAGGAGCAGGGUGAGAUGGUGCAGAGGAUCGACGCAAAUACGGAGGAUGUGGUGGAUAAUGUCGAGGGGGCGCAGAGGGAGCUGCUGAAGUAUUGGUCGAGGGUAUCUGGGAAUAGGUGGCUUGUUGCCAAGAUGUUUGGCGUUUUGAUGAUUUUCUUCUUACUCUGGGUAUUGAUUGCUGGUUAA